AGCUGGUGGCCUACAGUACUCGUUGGUUUGUCGAGGAGAAGAACUCGUGCAGGUUCUGUACCAUUUAUUUAAACUUUAAAGAUUGAACAGUAUAACAACCACGGAGAGCCGUAUCGCGAGGUUUGGAAUUCAGGAUAUAACGUAAACGAACUUUGAGAUUUUGGUAAUUGAAUUGAUGAUAUUUCGUGUCGUUUGAUAUGGCGGAGCCUGAAUUAGCUAAGAAGUUAGCCCGUCGUCAGGUUAUUAACAGCUCGGAAAUUGUCUGUUCGAUUAACCAAACCUUCAACCCUUAUACGGAGUUUCCCGAUUUUUCGAGAAAGGAAAUAAAAGAAUAUGAAAAAAUGUUUAAAAUGUAUGAUGUUGGUGGUGACAGAUACAUAGACUUCGAGGACUUGAAGAGGAUGAUGGAGAAGUUAGGGGCUCCACAGACACAUCUUGCUCUCAAGAAUAUGAUCUACGAAGUGGACGAGAAUAAUGAUAAUAGAAUCGAUUUCCGUGAGUUCUUGAUGAUUUUCUGGAAGGCUAGAGCAGGAGAACUGUCGGCGGGCAGCGGGUUACUGGAGCUGGCCCACCUCACAAACAUAGACGUCGACAAGGCUGGCGUUGGCGGUGCCAAAACGUUUUUCGAGGCUAAGAUAGAACAACAAAAACGUACGAACAAGUUUGAAGAAGAAAUUAAAUCGGAGCAAGAAGAACGGAGACAACAUGAGAAAGAACGGAAACAACGGAAAGCGGAAUUCCUCGAAAAAGCCCAGUUCUUUCAGAAAACUGCAGCGUAGCAUGCAGAUGUGAAUAUAUUGGUUCUCUAGAUAAUACGAAAUUAAAGUGUAGGUAGCGCCAUCUAUGAAUAAAAAAAGCUUAAUUUUAAAUGUUUCAACAUAACAUACGCAUUGAACUCGUAGGAAAUGCUCUUUUUAGAAUGUUAAUCUAUUAAUAUUCAUAAAGGUUUACUAACAUUUCAAUUAAAUAUAUAUAGCAAAAGAACAAUUUAGUUUCUUGUUUUUUAUCCAGGUUCACGUCUGUUUUUUUGUUUUUUUUACCAUAGUUUAGAAAAUUCAUCCGAAGAUUUUAAUAAGUUGUUUUUUGCAAGUUUGUUUCAUUAAAACUCUGUUUGGGAACUCUGUAUAAAAUUUCAUUUUUAGCUAAGGUAGUACGUGUUUUAUUUUUCCUUAUGGCUUAUAUAACGAAUCUUAGUUUUACUUUUAAGUCUGUAUUCUGUAAACAACUUUAAACUCGUGCGGAAUGUAAUACAAUUUCACAAUUAGAUCUUUGGAAGAUGAUCGAAGUAGUUAUAUUGUAAUAAAUUCUAAUUUUUAAUGUGUA